AUGGAGAGCACCGCAGAGCCACCCGCCGACGCGGAAGAGAAUAUGCGCCUGGCGGUGGAACGAUUUCGCACCAAGAUGGAGGCCUCCAAUCGGCAGUUUCUUCAAGAUCGAAUGGAUGAGAUAGAAGCUAUGAAUCUCUCAACCGAAGAGGAAAAAUUACUCGAGAUGCGCACCUAUUGGCCUGGCCUGAAAGCCAGGAACGACAUUCGUUGGAUGGCUACCCAACCACCAGAAGUGGUCCGUCAGUUGCACGAAGAGGCAAACGUUGACCGAUUGAGUGAUGUCAAAUCGCUAUACCAUCGGCAUAUGGAUGGUGUCGAACCGCCAAAUGGGUGGACAGAUGAGUGGCGCCAGAUGUAUUUGAACACCGUUCAGACUGUGUGUAAUGAGGUGGCCUUUCGAAGUGAAGAGGACAACGAUUUCGAAGUCCCGCCCUGCUAUGAUCUGGCCCUCUUUCUCAAGUACGCUAGUGGGGUCCAAGAUCCGGACUUUCGCUACGCAGGCAUGGCUUCUUUCGAUCCACCUGGAAGUCUCGUGAAAGAGACCUUUGAUAUCUCCAAAGACCGAGAAGAUCUGAUUAGACAUAUACAUCGCUAUUAUCUUUGCGAAGAAUCCUGGUUCCAAGCCUAUGCGCAUCAAGACUUAGAAGUGCGAGCUGGCUUCCAAACCGGGAACGGCAUCAAAGACAAACAGAGCGGGCAUGAUGAAUGGUACAGCAUGUAUCUCUACUGUCGACGGGACCCGGAAGACUCUGAUCAGAGCCACAAAGACUGGGCGUGGCGAGUGGUCAUUUCUGAAGUCGGCACUUAUAGAGACCACAUCGAGGUAUAUGGGAAAAAUCCAAUAUUCGACUCCAUCGUUGAGUUUCUGGACUGGUACAGUAGCUGGCUAGAACAUUUAGACAUGGAUCAGGUUCGGAAAGAUGUCGCUCUAAAUCAUGGGGAUUGGGACUAG